AGGAGAGGGAAGAAAAAAGGAGUCAUCGUAGUAACACACCGGCGCGUCUCCUCUCGCGGCUUCGUGGUUGUCUCGGAAUUAGUGAGUAGACAGAAUUAUGUCUGUGAGCUGGCCAGCACGGCUCAGUUGAGACUUACUGCUCAGAGCGUGCACACGCAUACUACGAAUCCUUCCUACUUACGCACCUCGCGCCUUCCUCGUGCGAUUAGAACUUAGUCCGCGACUGCCGGCAGACCAAUCACGGUCCAUUUCGCUAACGCGCCUCCGUACGAAACGGUGUCUUCUUCUUCUUCUUCUUCUUCUUCUUCUUCUUCAUGUGAUUCUUGGACGUGCUGCGGAGUUCCCUCGUUUAAAGAAGCGCCAGGCAGCUAGGUGACGGAAUAGCAACGGAGCCACCCGCAACGGUGACGUUUCCAGGUCCAGGAGAAAUUUCGACGAAACCUACGGAGAACCAGAAGACAUGCGAUUAAGACGUGAUUCUGUGAGGUGAGCGAGAUACAAGUCGGAAAUAAAGACUAAUGUAUAAUCGAUAUCGAAUUGUUUCUCGAUGGGCUUUGCGGAUUUAGCAGAGAGAAAAUCGACGAAAGAUUCUCUUCAGCUAUCGAUUAUUUUCUUCCGAAAACUUGACGAUUAUUUGUAAGCUGCAGCCGGGUCAAGAAAACGGACUUACGAAAUUUUCGAGGCUUGGCACUUUUUUCCAGUGAAUCAUCCACUCGAGCUUAAGAUUAUUCUUAGAAACGAAGUCGAGCACUCCAAGUUACUUCAUUUCUUGCAAAUUAUCUAAUUUUUGGAGUGCUUCGACCGCCGUUGUAAUUCAAGUGCAUUAAACUUGUCGGUCAAUUUUUUCAUUAUCUGCGACAAUGGAUAUCAAAUUCUUCGUGCUUUUCCUAUUGAUAUCCAUCAUGACCAAUGCGUGGUCUCAUCGUCAUCAUCAUCAUCAUCAUCACCAUCAUGAAUAUUAUCCGGAACAUAGAAAGGAAAAUAGUCACAUAAAUUUUGUCGAACAAAGAUCUAACUUUGAGAAUGAAGAAACCACGGAUACUUCGCAAUCAGACUCACUGAAGAAGAAUGAAGAAUACUCCAAGAACUUGGAUAAUAAAGGAUCAAUUCCCUUUAGUGAGCGGAGACUAGAGAAAAUGUUGGAGAAGGCAAUCCUGAAGAUAAUCACAGGUGAUCUUGGCACGGCAGAGAUGCUGCUGUUGAAGAGCUUGAAUUACACGCCGGAAGAAGUGCUGGCGAUUCGCGAGCGGGAACUUGAUAAGCGAAGAGAUGAAGAAUUGAGAAAAAUCGAGGAAUCCGAUGGAAAGAAAUAUUACGUUGAGGAUCUGUACCGAGACAAAGCGAAGCAUUGGAAUUAUAAUUCUAUGGAUUUUGAGUCGCCUUCUCGCAAUGACCCCGACGUAGACGUAUCGAGGAACGAAAGGAAGAAGAAUAAGGGAUAUAAGGGAAAAGCUUCUUACGACAAGGAUUUUGACUUUGAAGCUUACAAUCGUCAGGCGGUGCUCGAUUACGAAAAUUUGGCUUCUAAACUGGAGCAGCAGCAAUCGUGGUCCGAACCUGCGAAUCUUGAUUACGAGGACGAGUCAAGCAACUCCGAAGAGCAGAAUCCGUCGCAGAACGUUCAUCAGAGCUUCGACCGAGCCAUGGAGCCGCACGUGAUCUUCAAGAUCCCAUACGACGAUUCCGAGUUCGAUUCCAGCUCUGGAUCCGAUGAAAAAUCAAAAUUUGUCGACAGAGACGCCCUUGUUUUGUCGAAGGGUUUGAAACAUCGCAUUCCUUCGACCUUGAGACAGACGACUGCGAGGAAUGUUGCAAACUCCUUUCACGCUUCGUCAUUGUCUACUUCUUCUUCGUCUGCUUCUUCUGCGGCUACUGGGCACACUCCACUUCCCAUAGUAUACCAGCUGAGGAAUUUUAAAGGCGUCAGGCCAGAUUAUCCAAAGAAUCAACCUUCCUUCAGCACGACGGAGUUUCCGGAGCCCAUUGUCGCGAGCACUGUUAUUAGAAAUGCGACUGCAUCCGAUGUGACCACGAACACAACAGAUCUUGCCUAUUCAGCGAACGAAAAUAAAUUGUCCGUCAAAGAAGCAAACAAUACGACCAACCGAAGAAUCAGCGAGUACGAGGGUCUAGAAUGGGUUGAAGACGAUGUUUAUAGAGUGAUACCGGCAUUUGCGGACUCGUUGAGUUACGACAACGCCGAGGAGGGCGAGACGUCGGACUACGAGGAGCAAAAUCUAGGUUUCUUUCCAGAGGAAACCGAGAACGAUACUCUGGAGUAUCAGAAUGAUUCUCCGGAUCCGACGAAGCUCUUCAUAGCCAACGCCAAUAUUUCCGUUGAGAACGCAUCGCAGACCAAUCUGACUGACUAUCAACAGAUCCUGCGCACUCAUCGUCAGGAAGGAAACGUAACUUCAAGCUUCGACAGUCAGGCCGAGAGGGUGCUCGAAGAUAUUAAGAGAAAAGUGCUCGUGCAAACUGGGAGAACCGAGAGACCUCCGUUCAACUUUAGCACCGACACCAAUCAGGUUCAACGCAAGAAACUUGCCAUGUUUUCGCCCACUUGUCAGAUGCCUCGUAACACAGAUUCUGAGGCAUGGAUGGAUCCGUUUUCGAUGAACAUACACUUCCAAUUAAAUCUUACUUCCGACGAUUACAUUGUCGUUGCGAGAUUGCGAAUUUUUAAGUUGCCGCAAAAAAAUGUCACGACUUCCGACUUCCGACUUUCGAACUCUUACGACGAAGAUGAGGAUGAUGAGAAAAAGAUCAGGAUAUCCGUUUAUUAUUACACCAAAUCGCUGAAGAAGCAUCGAUCAAAGAAACGACUGAUGGAUUCCGUUGUGACGCCUCUGACGGCCAAAGGCGCUCCUCUGGCGCUGGAUGUCAGGCAAGGCCUGAGAUUCUGGCGGCCGAAUCCACGAAAUCCACAUGGCAACGGUAACAAUCACGGUUUGGUGAUUCAGAUAGAGGACCAGGACGGUCGGCCGCUAAAACCGGCUUUGUAUAUUCAACAACCGUCCUGCGAUGACCACGAUUCGGAUGAGAAGGCAUCUCAGCGAAUUACACCUGCAAUUUUCGUCGGAGCCUGUCCUCGUUACAUUCGCGUCAUAAACGACGAAAAAAUCACAUAUGUAAAUUGUAGGCAUUGAUGGCAAAAUUCAAUUGAAACGGAAAAAUUUAUUUCAAAAUAAGAAAAGUC